AUGGGACUUCUCAAGAUCGGACUAUCUCUUUUCGGCCUUGUCACCAACACUUAUGGCUGGGAGCACCUAGGCCACGAGUGGCAUGCACCCUUUCCAAGUGACAGUCGAUCACCAUGCCCGGGUCUGAACGCCAUGGCCAAUCACGGUUAUCUUCCUCGAUCGGGAAGCGACAUAGACCUAGCCACAUUACGAAAUGCGGUAGCCAGUGCCUACAAUUACGAGCCCACUGCGUUUGAUAUCGCAUUUGAACAAGCAGUGGGAUAUAAUAUUACGACCACUGGCAACGAGUCGACUAUCAACCUCGUUGAUCUCGCUAGGCACGAGGGGCCUGAGUUUGAUGGGUCAUUAUCAAGGAAUGACAUUUACUUCGGAGACGACCUUCACUUCGACUACUCCAUCUGGAAGAUCGUUGCUCAGAGUCUCAAUCUUUAUGAUACCUUGGGUCCCGAGGCACAGUACGUCACUGUAGAGAUGGCAGCUAAGGCACGUGCUGUGCGUGUCAAGAACGCAAAGGCGAUCAAUCCCACCUUCAACGCUUCGGAUCUGGCAACUUCGGGUAGCCCUGGCACAACAGGUGUUUAUCUGACCACAUUGUGGGAUGAUCGGGUAGGCGCUGUGCCAAAGUCGUGGAUUAGGGCUUUCUUUGGUAUGUGCGAUUUUUUUAUAUUAACCUUGGAACAUUUCCAAUACUGA